CAAAGGUGGUUUGCGUAUCCUUCCGCCCGAUCGGGGUAGGGAGAUUACCUUCCAGCUGGGGUUAUGGGACAAACAGACACCAGAGUCCUUCCAGGUUCACCCCGAAAGCACAGAGGGUGGGUUAGCCGAGAGCUGUGGUAGCGUGGGGCGGGCUGAAAGUUCCGCACUCACUUGUUGGCAGAGGCGGAAGGAGAAGGGGCUGUGCUGCGACGCAAGAUGGCGGCGCCCUGAGGAACAGAGAGGUUGGAGGAGGCACAGAUGACGAUCCUGCUGUGACCUUGAGCCUCCUAUCUCCAGUCGCCAGCACACCCGGGGUACGGCAGCAUGGCCCAGCAAACCACUGUGUGGGAUCAUCUGUAUCUGCUGGAAUCUUCAGACCUGCAACAACUGGAUCAGAUCCAUACGCUUAUCCGAGACCAUCUAAGUGCAGAUCGCUCCCCCAUUCUGGUCAACAACCUGGUGGAUCAUUAUGUGGAAACCGGCUCCGAGCAAGCAAUGCUAAUCCUUUCAAUGGUCCAGGAACCUCACGACAAGCACCUUUUGGAUAAGAUAAAUGAGUAUCUAGUUAAAGCUGCCAGCCGGUUACCAACGCUAACACUAUUAGGCCAUGUGAUCCGUCGCCAGCCAUCUUGGAAGCACAAACUCUCCCAGGCACCCGUCCUUCAGUCCUUGCUCAAGUGUCUCAAGGUAGACAAUGAUGUUGUCGUCCUCACCACGGGAGUCCUAGUUUUAAUUACUGUGCUGCCGAUGAUUCCACAAUCUGGGAAACAGCAUCUCUACGAGUUCUUUGACAUAUUUGGACGCCUGGCAACCUGGUGCUUAAAGAACCCUGGUCGCGUAGCAAAGAUAUGUCUCGUCCAUCUUCAUGCCAGCGUGUAUGCCCUCUUCCACCGGCUUUAUGGGAUGUAUCCGUGCAAUUUUGUGUCCUUCCUGCGCUCCCAUUACAGUAUGAAGGAAAACCUGGAGACCUUUGAGGAAAUAGUCAAGCCUAUGAUGGAGCAUGUCCGGAUUCACCCGGAGCUGGUUACUGGCUCGAAAGACCAUGAACUGGACCCAAGCAGGUGGAGGAGGCUGGAAACCCAUGACAUCGUUGUAGAAUGUGCCAAAAUAUCUCUGGACCCCAGUGAAGCUUCCUAUGAAGAAGGAUAUUCCCCCCUUUCCAAUCGCCUGCGACAGAGGCAACAUGACACCACAUCCAGCCCCUAUACCGAAAUCGGUUGUAAUUAUGGAAGCAAUGCCUCCACUCCUUUCUCCACUCCCCGAAUGUGUGCGCAUAGUGCGUCGAUUCACUCUGGUGGCAUUGAGCUACUGCAGGACAGCAUCUGGAGCCCAUCCACCAUUUGUGGAAUGACCACACCACCUAACUCGCCUGCCAAUGUGCUAGCAGAUGCGGCUCAUUCAUCCUCUCGUCCCCAUAGCAAAGUCCUCUACACGCCAGGGGGUAAAAUAACACCUCUGGGAACACCAGCAACCUCCCCGCCUCCCCCCAGCAACUCUGAGGAAUGUACGCCAGCCGCCGGCGCUUCGCUAACACUGACACCCCAUAAGAAGAACGAGUCCUUCGAUCCAGGGAGGUCUUUAGUAAACAGACAGCUGCUCAGCAAGGGAGAGAAGAGCGCUGAUGAAUCACCAAAGACGCAGAAGACCGUGUACCUGAGCGAGCUUCCGGAUAUCAUUGGGGAUUUGGCUGCCGACCACAAUAGCACGGAGGAAGAACUGAAGAGAAACGGUCAUGCUGCCAUAUGCCAGGAGCUGUCUCAGAUCACCACGGCUGACCCCGAGCCGACCGUGCUAAGAGGUGGCUUUGAUUCCCCUUUCUCUCUCCGCUGUGACAGUCAGCCCAGCUCUCAGAAGAAGUUUCCCUCCUAUGGCGUUGGCCACAUCCCUGAACAUUCUGCCCCCAACAAGCUCCACUACAGUGCACCCCAUGAUAGCUCCAAACAGGCGUUCACUCCCAUUGAACCGCCCAACGGCACGGAGAAUGCCGCCGACUCAGGGAAGCCACCUUCUAACAACUCUUUGCCCAGCGCUGUGGACAUCUUCACACCUCAGGUUCAAAGAAACGUAUCCUGCUUCAGCUUGCCUCCCUACGACCAUCUCUUUGAGCUGGCCUUGCCCAAAACCGCCAACAUGUUCGUCUGCAGGAAGAACGAGGAGCUGUGCAGAAGAGGCAAGGGAAGCCUUGAGGAGGGCGAAGAGGGCGCCUUCUCCGUUUCCCCGGCUGAGGUGCUGGACCGGCUCAUUCAGUUGGGAGCAGAUGCCCACACCAAAGAGCUGAGCAACAGGUUGUCUCUACCCAGCAAAGCCGCUGACUGGACUCACUUUGGAGGUUCCCCGCCAACGGACGAGAUCCACGUACUUCGCAACCAGUUGGUUCUGCUUCACAACCAGCUUUUGUACGAGAGGUUCAAAAGGCAGCAGCACGCCCAGCGCAACCGGCGCCUCCUGCGCAAAGUGAUCAAGGUGACGUCUCUGGAGGAACAGAAUGCUGCUAUGAAGAACCAGUUAAAGCUGCAGGAGUUGGAUAUGCACUCUAUCAAACAGAGCCUCUUUCAGGAACAGACACGGCACCGGCGGCUUCAGGAAGAGCGCGACGCAGUGGUCACACAGCUGCGCAGCCAGAUCCGCCAGUUGCAGCACGACCGAGAUCUGUUUUAUAACCAGAGCCAGGAGCUGCAGACCAAGCUAGAGGAUUGCCGCACCACCAUUGCAGAUCUACGUCUGGAGGUGAAACAAGCCAAUAAUAAAGUGUGCCAUACAGAGCUUCGGCUAAGCCAGGUUUCCCAGAAGCUCUCCAACAGUGAGUCCGUGCAGCAUCAGAUGGAGUUUCUGAACCGUCAGCUGCUGGUCCUGGGGGAGGUGAAUGAGUUGUACGUGGAGCAGUUGCAGCAAAAGCAGACAAAUAGCACAAAGGAAGUGGAGAUGUUGCAGACUUCCUUUAAGAAGGACCUGGAGAAGGCCAGACUGAAUGCCGUGCAGCUGAGCCAGAGGCUGGAGUGCGCCCAGAAACGCAUAGUGGAGCUGGAAGCUCAGCUGGCCAAGAAAGAAUCCCUGUUUCAAGAACAGAAAAAAUUCAUAGAGCAGAUUAAGGACAAGAGCAGAGGGCAACUGCAAGCCGCCGAGAGCCGAUACCUCGCUCAGAAGAGGAUAAGCCAGGUCUUUGAAGUGAAAAUCCUCAGUCUGUACAACAGGUUGGAGAAGGAAGGGCUUCUGAAAAGUCAAGGUGAAGAGAAAGCGGAGACGGCAGAAGCUGCAGAAGAAAGGUGUGACCUCAGCCUCGCAAGUGUUUACAGCCCUGAAGCUGGCAUCAUAGAAGAAAUGAACGGUAGCAGCGAGAAUAAUUUCCCCACCAACCGCACAAGCUCGUCCAGCAGCCCGAGCAGCAGCACCCUCUCCACCCCGGAGAAAGGCACAAACUUGCAGCUCAGCCGUCGCCAGUUACUGGAGAUCCCUCCCAGCGGGCACUUGACCAUCGGCUCCUACCCCAACGCCAAAAGCUUCCUGGGCAUCCGGGCCCGCGAGCUGUUCCGCAACAAGAGCGAGAGCCACUGCGACGAGGAAAGCAUCAGCAGCCUCUCGGAGAUCCUGAAAAGCGAACUCUGCCAGGAGCUUAACCCAGAGACGAACCCCCAAAAUCCAGAUUGUGUGAGGAAUCUUCAGAUCAUGGACUACGACUAAGGCUCCCUUACCCCCCCCCCCCCCCAGCCCCAGAGUCGUGACCCAGAGUUGGGAGGCGAGCAAUCAGUGUUAGAGUCCUUCUGGCUCCUGGCUUUAAGGUUGUCUGGACCCCCUUAAUGAAAGUGGUCUCACUACUUCUGCAGUGCAAUGGUAGCAGGCUUUCCAAACUGGAAGGGAACGUCGCAAAGGACACCAAUUUUUUUUCUUUUUACCAUCAUCUCUGUCUUCCCCCCCCCCCCAUUCCCUAUUCAUUUCCCCCUCCAUACGCAGGUAUUGAUGCGAGAAACUCGACACUUUGUACACUCUGCCUAAACAGCAGGAGAAUAUAUGCUAUUUACCCCCCACCCACCAUAAUCGUGGUAUCCGUUCUUAGAGAGCACUUUCUGGCUAGUAACAAGUAGAACUACCUUUUUUUUUUUUUUUUUUCUUCUUUAAUCAUAACAACCCCCCCUGAGACGCAUUAACUGGCCAUUGGCCGACCAACAGCAAGAUUCCAGCUUCAAAUCAUAUAUAUUUUUUUUAAUAACCCUUUUUAGCACUGAAAUAUGGCAGCUCCAGCAUGUGGUUCGUUUAAAAGUGACCUUACCAAUAAUAAUAGCAGGAUGCCAAAUACUAAGGGACCAACAGCUUGUUAGGGGGGGUGUUUCCUUAUCCUAUGAAAGACUUGCACCGGUCUCGUAAUAACCCCCAGCUCUGGCUGCGCCACUGCCUUCAGACCCUCGCCAUUUCACAACCCAUUGGGAUUUUAAUACGGAUCUUUCCUUACGGCAGAGGGACGGGUCGAUUUCUAAUGAUGACUUUUGCACUUUGAGAGAACCCUUUCUUACGAAACACUAGAGAGCGCGUCCUGCGACCCUUUCUAUACCACACUAUCAUGUUCAUAUAAGGCACCCGCAACUGCUGGCAUCCAUUUUUUUUUUUUUACUUUCAAUAAGUUUUAUUAACAAGCAGCACUCGACUUACAAGGCACAAUCAGAUUAGACCCUGCUUAACGAAGCCCCGUCUCCGGUAAACCUGUAUAUUUUAUUCAGAAUACCGGCCAUUUUGUUUGUGUUUGUUUAUGUAUAGGCAUACGGUAAGUUUUUUUUUGUAGAUAACACACUAUCCGUGGGCUUUGAUUUUAAAGUAUUUGGAUGUAAUGGUAUAUAAAUAUAUAUACUGUAUAUUACAAUCCAUGUUGUGAGGCCCUAGCGGCUUUAAGCCCCCCCCAUGGAGCGGACAGGUCCUUGAAAAGGGGUAAGUUUAAGAUUUAAAACCGAGACAAACGUAAACGCUUGAUCAAGCUCGUUCACGGAAUGACAUCUGCUAGCCUGUAUAGAGCGUUGGGAGCUGUCGAGUUCCGAUCUCUAAAUUACCCAAUAAUAUUUAAUGUUGCCUUUAAAAUCAAAGACGAACGCUGUUUUUUUGUUUUGUUUUUCUCCUGUGAAGUUCUCGCUUUCCUAAAGAGGAAACUGACAGCGAGGCGUAGGUUCCGUCUAUCUGGCAUCUACCCUCGGCCCCCCCCUGAUAUUGUACGGUCGAGACCUGGGCGGCCCCUGCAUUUACGUUUUUCUUUUGCUUCCCUCGCUGUUUGUGCCCCAUGGUUUCCGUCCUAUGGUUUUUUGUUUUUUUUUCUCGUUUGUGUGCCAGCCGGAGAAUCUCGCGAUUGCGACGCGUCGGGGCCCCCCCCCCCCCGGGGAUAAAACUAAAAAGCAGAAGGCGGGAUGUUAGGACUCGCUGCAGUCUGCGCCAGGAUGCCCAGAAAUGUUUAAGACUAUUUGCUUGUGUUUAACUGUGAACAAAUAAAACAAACAAUUGUUUUGCACUAUUA